UCGGCUGUUGAAACGAAGAAAGAAAUGUUGCGACAGGGAAGUCGUUGUCAUUCCCUUCGCAUUCUUCUCAGGUUCCUCCAACCGAGCAGUUGCACAACUUCAAUUUGUCUGACAAUGACGCGAACCAUCACUUCAAAUUUUCAGAUGCGUGAUGUGACAAGGACGCUUUUUGCUUCCUUGGGGCUACUAAACCUGGUCCAUGGAGAUAUUCUUCGAGGACUCGUUCCCGCACAAUGGUGCCAGAGCUACGACGUGGUGGAUUUGUCGCACAACUUCAACAACCAGACGAUAUAUUGGGACGACAACGGCUAUUACAAGCUGAACGUGACCAUUUACAACGCCACGAGAUCUGGAUGGUUCCAAGAGGACGUGAUGGAAGAAGCAAUACAUGGUGGAACCCACCUGGACUCUCCAGUGCACUUCCACAAGGGUGGAUGGGACGCGACGCAGAUACCACUCAGCCGUUUGUUGUUCCUGCCAGUGGCAGUUGUAGACGUGAGGGAACAAGUUGCGCAGAAUCCCGAGUAUAUGCUCUCCGUGGACGACAUACUGCGCUGGGAGGAGAAGAAUGGACAGCUUCCGAGCGGGUGCCUCUUCGUGGCCCACACCGGACAGUCUAAGCACUGGCCCAACCGGACCGCCUAUAUGGGCAUCGACGCCAACGGCGACAAACACUUCCCGGCCCUGCAACCGGAGGCGGCCUCUUACCUGGCGACACAACGGAGUGUUUACGGCGUUGGUGUGGAUACACCUUCAGUGGACGCGGCUCCUGACGAUGCCGCGCACCGGGCAGUCUCAGCCGCAAACAUAUUCAUCCUCGAGAACCUUGUGGGCCUGGAGAAGCUGCCGCCAAAAGGAGCUUACGCCAUCGUUCUGCCACUCAAAAUGGAUGGCGCCAGCGGUUCGCCCGUACGAGUGGUUGCUUUGGCGCCGCCAUAGAAUGCGUGUACCUCCUUUUUUCUCUAAAUCGCACUCCAUUACGCCAAAAACUGCUUCAGUGACCGAUAAAGCAGAUUGCCAAGUGGUGACCCUCCAAAACUUGGCCAUUCAAGAUCACGGGAUCACUCAGCAUUUUGCGUGUAAGCUGCUGAGUUUCGAUGGUACUCCGUUGGCGUCGACACAUUAUUUUGACACAGUGUGGAGACAGAUGUGUCACGAAAAGAACAUAAAUGAUGUUGCCAUAGUAGUAGUGGUGCAGUUAGUCCACCUAUUCCUGUAUUCAACCUCAAAGGAGAGCAAUAAAUGUUCUGAGGGUGUUGAA